AUGUCUACAACUGAAAAACGCCGCAGAGACAGAAUCAACGCUCCACUCUCCGCAAACUCAUCCCUAAAUCGCUCAACUCUCCGCAAACUCAUCCCUAAAUCCGAAAAGAUGGACAAGGCGGCGCCAUUGGGGCACGUGGUGGAUCACGUGAAGGAGCAGCGGCAGAGGGCGAAGGAGGCGAGCAAAAUCAGCAGCGGCGUGCCGAGCGAGAUCGAGGAGGUAAUCGUCGAUCAGAUUGAAGACGGAUCGGAGCAGAUCAAGUCGUCGAUCUGUUGCGACGAUCGGCCGGAGCUCUUCGCGGAGAUCGGGAGCGCUCUGAAAGCGCUGGAAGCCACCAUUAUUGAAGCCAACUUCACGAAGCACACACACCAGCACCCUCACAAUCCCUAA